CAGGGUUUCCCCAAAUCCCCUUGCGCUCGGUUUUGCCCGAAGUUAGGGGCCCUUCCACCCCACUCAGAGCUCGCAGUCUAGCGGGCCCCGUACCCAGGUCAGGGUGCCCAGCCGGAGGCCGGGUAGCCACCUGAGGAGGCAGAGCCAUCCGGACGUCUGGGUCCCAGCGAGGCCCAACUGCCUCAAGACCUCGCACCUCUGCCGUGCUGCGCCGGGGAGGUCGCGCUUCUGGUCUCCUGGCGAUCCUGGCUGUCCGGAAGUGGAGUAGGACUCCUUCUCUUCGUCCCCUGGGUCCCCGCCAGGCGGCGCCAUCAGCCUGGCCGGGAUUCCCCUGCGGCUGCGAGCCCUGGUCACUCCAGGGGUGUUCAAAUUGGCGAGGAGAGAGGAGAAACGGGCUGUCAGAAAGCAGUCUACCACUUGGAAUAAGUUUCCCUCGUGGACUGUGUUUUCCAUCAUUAGGAUCUCCUGGCGUACAAAUUCCUAUGCUCUACCCCCGAAGAUCCUGAUUCAGGGGAUCUGGGGUGGCGCCUGGAAAUCACCAUUUUAAAACAGCUGCUCCAGGUUGAUGCCCAUAGUCUGCGCACCUCGCCUUCAGAAACGCUGGUAUAACUGGUGGAGAGGAACAUUGCAUUGGGUUGGCUAUGGGACUGUUUAUCUUCAGGAAGGCUUCCAAGAGGAAGUGAUUCUAGCUGGGCUUUGUAUUGAGAGACUAGACUAUCUGCUGAUUCUUUGCCUCACAGUUAUGAAUUCCCUCCCCCGCCACCACCAGGAUGCGGAAGAUCUCAGUGCUGCUCUUCCUGGCCUGGGUGGGCUUCCUCUUCUACGCCGGCAUUGCUCUCUUCACCAGUGGCUUCCUGCUCACCCGUUUGGAGCUCACGAACCAUAGCAGCUGCCAAGAGCCCCCAGGCCCUGGGUCCCUGCCAUGGGGGAGCCGAGGGGAGCCCGGGGCCUGCUGGAUGGCUUCCCGAUUCUCCCGGCUUGUGUUGGUGCUGAUAGACGCUCUGCGAUUUGACUUUGCCCAGCCCCAGCUCUCACAUGUUUCUGGGGAGCCUCCCGUCUCCCUGCCCUUCCUGGGCAAACUGGGCUUCUUGCAGAGGAUCCUGGAAAUUCAGCCCCACCAUGCCAGGCUCUACCAGUCCAGGGUUGACCCCCCGACCACCACCAUGCAGCGCCUCAAGGCCCUCACCACCGGCUCACUGCCUACCUUUAUUGACGCUGGCAGUAAUUUUGCCAGCUACGCCAUAGCGGAAGACAAUCUCGUUAAGCAGCUUACCAGUACAGUGGACAGUGGUGAAUGGGAUGUGCUGAUUACUCACUUCCUGGGUGUGGAUCACUGUGGCCACAAGCAUGGCCCUCAUCAUCCUGAAAUGGCCAAGAAACUUAGCCAAAUGGACCAAGUGAUCCAGGGACUCGUGGAGCGUCUGGAGAAUGACACACUGCUGGUAGUGACUGGGGACCAUGGGAUGACCACGAGUGGGAACCAUGGAGGGGACAGUGAGCUGGAGACCUCAGCUGCACUUUUUCUGUAUAGUCCCACAGCCCUCUUCCCCAGCGCCCCACCAGAGGAGCCAAAGGUAAUUCCUCAAAUCAGCCUUGUGCCUACGCUGGCCCUGCUGUUGGGCCUGCCCAUCCCAUUUGGGAACAUCGGGGAGGUGAUAGCUGAGGUGUUCUCAGAGGUCGAAGACUCCCAGCCUCACUCUUCUACUCUGGCCCAAGCCUCAGCUCUCCAUCUCAAUGCCCAGCAGGUGUCCCGAUUUCUUCACACCUACUCAACUGCUGCUCAGGACCUCCAAGUUAAGGAGCUUCAUCGACUGCAGAACCUCUUCUCCAAGGCUUCUGCUGACUACCAGCGGCUUCUGCAGAGCCCCCAGGGGGCUGAGGCAGCACUACAGAUUGUGAUUACUGAGCUGCAGCAGUUCCUGCGGGGAGUUCGGGCCAUGUGCAUUGAGUCUUGGGCUCGUUUUUCUCUGGUCCGCAUGGCAGGGGGUGCUGCUCUCUUGGCUGCUACCUGCUUUCUUUGCCUACUGGUAUCCCAGUGGGCAACAUCCCCAGGCUUCUGUUUCCGCCCUCUCCUAAUACCCAUGGCCUGGGGUUUGACUGGGGCCGUAGUGUGUGCUGGACUCCUGGCAACUACUGGGCUGAAGCUGGAUUCAGUGGUUCUAGGGGCCAUGGCUGCAGUGGGCUCACUUCUGCCUUUUCUGUGGAAAGCCUGGGCUGGCUGGGGAGCUAAGAGGCCCCUGGCAGCCCUGCUUCCCAUGCCUGAGCCUGUCCUGUUACUCCUGCUCAUUCGCUUUGCUGGCUUCUUCUCUGAUAGCUUUGUUAUAGCCGAGGCCAGGGCCGCCCCCUUCCUUUUGAUCUCACUCAUCUUGCUCCUGGUUGCCCAGCUUCACUGGGAGGGCAAGCUGCUGCCACCUAAGCUACUCACAAUACCUCGCCUUGGCUUUCUGACCCCAGCAGGCCCCCCACAUCACAAUGGCACGCAUGCCCUGGGGCUUGGAGUUGGGUUGCUUUUAUGUAUAAGGCUAGCUGGGCUUUUUCAUCGAUGCCCUGAAGAGACGCCUGCUUGCAGCUCCUCUCCCUGGCUGAGUCCCCUGGCAUCCAUGGUGGGUGGUCGAGCCAAGAAUGUGUGGUAUGGAGCUUGUGUGGGGGCGCUGGCGGCCCUGUUAGCUGCCGUGCGCCUGUGGCUUCGCCGCUAUGGUAAUCUCAAGAGCCCUGAGCCCCCUGUGCUCUUUGUGCGCUGGGGGCUGCCACUGAUGGGACUAGGCACUGCCGCCUACUGGGCCUUGGCAUCAGGGGCGGAUGAAGCACCCCCCCGUCUCCGGGCCCUGGUCGCUGGGGCAUCAGUUAUGUUACCUAGGGCUGUGGCCGGGUUGGCUGCUUCAGGGCUCAUGCUGCUGCUCUGGAGGCCUGUGACGGUGCUGGUGAAAGCUGCAGCGGGUGCUCCACGGACCAGGACUGUCCUCACUCCCUUCUCAGGCCCCCCCACUUCUCAGGCUGACCUGGAUUAUGUGGUUCCUCAAAUCUACCGACACAUGCAGGAGGAGUUCCGGGGCCGGCUAGAGAGGACCAAAUCUCAGGGCCCCCUGACGGUGGCCGCCUAUCAGUUGGGGAGUGUCUACUCAGCUGCUAUGGUCACGGCCCUUACCCUCUUGGCCUUUCCACUUCUGCUAUUGCAUGCAGAGCGCAUUAGCCUUGUGUUCCUGCUUCUGUUUCUGCAGAGCUUCCUUCUCCUGCAUCUGCUUGCUGCUGGGAUACCCAUCACCACCCCUGGUCCUUUUACUGUGCCUUGGCAGGCAGUCUCUGCUUGGGCCUUCAUGGCAACACAGACCUUCUAUUCCACGGGUCACCAGCCCGUCUUCCCAGCUAUCCAUUGGCAUGCUGCCUUCGUGGGAGUCCCAGAGGGUCAUGACUUUACCUGGCUGUCUGCUUUGCUGGUGGGAACCAACACCUUUGCCUCCCAUAUCCUCUUUGCAGUAGGUUGCCCAUUGCUCCUGCUCUGGCCCUUUCUCUGUGAGAGUCAAGGGCCCCGGAAGAGGCGGCAGCCCCCAGGGAAUGAAGCAGAGGCCAGAGUCAGGCCUGAGGAGGAGGAGGAGCCACUGAUGGAGAUGCGGCUCCGGGAUGCGCCUCACCACUUCAAUGCAGCGCUGCUGCAGCUGGGCCUCAAGUACCUCUUUGUCCUUGGUAUUCAGAUUUUGGCCUGUGCCUUGGCAGCCUCCAUCCUCCGCAGGCAUCUCAUGGUCUGGAAGGUGUUUGCCCCCAAGUUCAUUUUUGAGGCCAUGGGCUUCAUUGUGAGCAGCGUGGGACUUUGCCUGGGCAUAGCUUUGGUGAUGCGAGUGGAUGGUGCUGUGAGCUCCUGGUUCAGGCAGUUAGUUCUGGCCCAGCAGAAAGCUGGAGAACAGUCUAGCCUGGUCUAUAUGGGUGCUGGAUCAUCUGCAAGAGAGGCUCAGUCACACCUCUUACCACCGUACAGCCAGGAUCUACUGGCAUCUGGGACUUCAUUAUUUUAUAAUUCAAAAUCAUAGUGGAGCCUAAUCCGUAACUCCUGCUUUGGAUACAUCUGAGAGACUGAGGGGCUGCCUCCGAAGUGGAAUAAAAUAAUGAUGUAAA